CUUUUCCUCACUUUCUUAACUAGGUACUUGGCAAAGAAAAUCACACUAGAAACAAAGAAAUUAAUUCUACUAGAAAAUGGCUAGAGAAGUAACCAUUUUUCUAUGUCUUUUGAUUGUUGUCAUGGAUGUCACAGCUGGAAUUCUUGGUAUUGAGGCGGAAAUUGCUCAAAACAAGGUAAAACACUUGAGAUUGUGGAUAUUUGAGUGUAGAGAUCCAAGCCAUAAGGCUUUCAUGCUUGGGUUAGGUGCAGCAAUACUCUUGUCUCUAGCCCAUGUUAUAGCCAAUAUGCUAGGUGGCUGCAAUUGUUUUUGUUCUCAAGAGCUUCAAAAGAAUUCACCCAAUAGACAACUCUCAAUGGCUUGCCUCAUUUUAACAUGGAUUGUUUUGGCUGUUGGAUUGAGCAUGCUUGUGAUAGGGACAGCAACAAACAACAAAUCAAGAGGCUCCUGUGGUUUCACACACCAUCAUUUCCUAUCAAUUGGUGGAAUUCUGUGUUUUGUUCAUGGCUUAUUCUGUGUUGCUUAUUACGUUUCUGCCACCGCCUCUUAAUUAACGAUUAAGAAAACACCUAGAGUGGAGGCCACUUUUGCUCUUGCUUUUCUGCUUUAGAGGUUUUGGCUUUACCAAAUUUGUUGCUUUACUAAAUAUGUAUUAUGGGGUAGAAAAAGAAAACCCCAUUUUCAAUUGAUCACCAAAUUACCCUCUCCACUAAUCCACUGACACGUGUUCCAUAUUUUCUUCUUUGUUUCAAAGCCAUUGGCCAAUGAAAGAUUUUCUGUUUACCAGAGAUUGUAAUGGUAUUCUGAAAUAGGCUACAAAAAGCUAAAUAUAUCUUUCUACUUUCUUUAAGUCCU